CAUUUCAAACAUUUUUAUGUGAAAUUAUAUUUUUGAAGUAUUUCAUGUUUACUCAUGUUUAAGUUUAGAAUAGUUUUUAUAUUCAAUCUACUGUUAUCUGAUAAUCCGCUUAUUCUUUAGAAUAUAGUGUUACUGGUAAGGUGGAACAUCUGUGUUUAUUUUUUCCUUUUGCUCUUUCAACUCAUGCAACAUAAAUACAAUAGUAAUAAUGUUAACUUUGUUACAAAGCGACGUGUGAAGCGCGUGAGAAGCUGAUUAAGCCCAACAGAAUAAUCAAAAUUAAAAUAUACUGUUUCCAAACAUAAGUACACUUAACGUGAAACACGAUUCACACGUUAGUCGUAAGAAAUCUUCCUACACAGCUUCCAGUAAUAUAGUAGUAAAGUAAAAUGUUUCUUGUUUCAUUAAUUUUAUUCGGUAGCAACACUACGCCGGUGUCAGACUGCACAACUUGUCAUUAUUCGAAUCGAAGGCAACGUUCAAGUUCAAAUGGCAUUUGAAAGAAGUUCGUUAUGUGUUAUUUUCAAUGUGUAAAAUAUUAUUUGAUUAUUACAGCUGUUAUAUCAUUUAGUAUUGUUUAUUUUAUUAAAAAGCGGAUUCUGGGUAUCGCUAAAACUAUGUCUUUGUACAACACCGAAAUGGAAGAGCCUAUGAGUGACGAAGAAGUAUACUUUGGAAAGCUAACACUCAAAGAAUUAAAGAAACAUAUUCUUUGGGAAAAACAACCUAAAACAAUUUGUGCAUUAAGUGCUGUCAACAGUCCAACGAACUCUGGAGAUCACAACGAAAGUUUACAAAUAUUGCAAGCCCACUCCCAACCUAACUUAAUAUCUGAUAAAGUAAUUUCUGACUUAAAAUCUCCAGAAAGGAAUUGCUCUGCAUGGGACAUGAGAGCAGAUGAUAGUUUUAUCAAAAUGGAAAACAUGGUGGCAAAACUCUGUUUGUCACCAAGGAAAAAUGACAAGACUGAAGAAUUAAACAAUACAUUAGAAGUCAUAGAAUACAUUUUAAAUAAUCCUCCUAGUAGUGUUGGUAAAGAUAAAAAUAAUACUUUGAAUUAUAUUAAACCGGAAAAUACAAGUGCUAAGUCAAAAAUUAAUGGGGGAAAUCAUCAAACAUCACCUUUGAAAUAUAGAGUUAAAAACAAUGUCCAUGAUUCACCACAGCCUCCUCAGAACACCCCAGUUAAAACUACCAAUAAGCCAGAGGGUUUUAUGACUCCUAUGGAUAUGAAACACAAACCAAUUUUCAAAACACCUGGUCAGCCUCUUUCAUCAAAAAAAUCUUCUGCAACAUCUCUUAAGAAAACACCUGGCCGCUCAAAUGCAUAUCAACACAUUAGCAGUCCAGUUGCAUCUUACAUUAAGAACUGUCCCAUAGCACCUCUAGUAAAGGAUGUUCAUCCUAAGAAACCAUUGCCUGGACCGUCAUCUAUUCCUAAAUUUGUCAAAAAUCCCUCCUUAGCAAAACCAAGUAAUAAAGAAAAUGUCAUUUUACCAUCAGUGGCAUACAAGAGUGCCAAAAAGACUAAAGUAAUUGAGAUGGCAGAUGAGCAGAAAUUACCGCAGUGUCAAUGGGCCAAGAAGAUGACAUCUGUUUCCAGACCAUUAGUUAUGAAACAUGAUCACAGGGAACUAAAUUAUGCAAAGAAAAAGUUACUGCCACAGCAAGAAGAUAGCUUUGCAGACCUAUCAUAUCACCAAGCUGAAGUAUCUGUGUGCACUCAAAAAUCUGCAUUCAAGACCAAAAAAAAUUUUUAAAUGUCUGAUUUUUUAACAUUAUUUGAAAUAAUUUAAUCUUAUACAGUUUUAUUCUUUCAAAAUAUACUGGUGACAUUUUUACUGAAAA